AUGGAAGCGCCCCCCGGUCAAUGGAGCUGUCCAGCCACAGUGUGUCAUGAUGACCCGUCGGCAUCUGCGCCGUCCGGUCGGAAAGCGGCUGAUCCUGAGCCGUUCACUGUGCCUGGUUGGUCCCAGUUGACCGAAGAUUUCACCAUUUUGCGCUCGCAUGGCCCAUUUUUCCUGGACAUUUUUGCUGGCCAAGCAGGCAUCACAGAAGCUGUUCAGCUGAUGGGAGUGCCUGCGCUGCCGCCGGUGGAUGUGGUCGUCUCCGAUCUGGUCAACGAAGCAGCCGACGUGUUGGAUCUUGCAGUGUGGGAGACUAUCAUGGCAAUCAUUGCUGCCAAGCUGGUCUUCUUGCUCCAUUGUGGCACGCCGUGCAACACCUUCACGGCAGCUCGCAAAGAUGAUGGAGGACCUCCUCCACUGCGCUCUCGCGAUGCUCCUCUUGGCCUCCCAGGACUCAGUUGGCAAAACCAAGCUCUUGUUUUUAUGGGUAACCUGUUUUUGAUCCGAACUUGCGAAGCUUGUACUCUUGUUUUUAAUCUUGGAGGGAAUUUCACGAUUGAGAAUCCCCUGUUGAGCCUCAUGUGGGCUACGGCAAUGAUGGACCAGCUCGUCCAUGACACACGAGCUUUGGCUGUUGAUUUCGAUCAAUGCGCCUUUGGGGCUCCGUCCAAGAAGCCCACACGUUUAUUGUGCUCAGCCGAACAUUUUGAGGUGCUCCAGGUACUUUGUCCAGGAGGGCACGUGCACGAGUCUUUGAGAGGCAAAGUGUUCGACCCCCUCCAGGGCAAACUGGUGUUCAAGACCAAGGCUGCGCAGGUCUAUAGCCUUGGGCUUUGUGUGCGGCGUUCGCCAGCGUUGCUCAUGAUCUAUGGCAAGAUCCUCUUCAUGCUCUACAACCCUCUGGGCUCCUGCAAACCGUGGCUCGGACACAAGCAGGAGGAGUCGGCUCUCAAAGCGCUCUGGGCGGGUUAUCAGCUGAAGCGGGGCGUGGCCAAGCCUUUGUUGCAUGUGGAGAUGGAACCUGGCCAAGCGAUCGAGGCGGCACUGAACGUGAUCCACCCCUUCACCAUUGAGGCUCCUCUGGCAGCGAUGGAAGAAGCAGCCGUCCUCCAACUACGGCGCCCGUCGGAGGUGAUCAUGGCUGAGCGGGCUCGGCAGUGGCUUUAUUGCCCCGCUCAGUGGCAGCGAUACGGGCGCUGCCCGAUCCCCAUCUGCGGCGCCUGCUCCUUGGCACUGACGAUCUUUCAGUGCCGCGCCUUGGUCAAGUUUGCCACGUCGCACUGUACGAGGCUAUGCUCACGGCGUGCGGCUCUGUGGAUCAGUCAUUGGCCUUCUUUUCUCUUGCACGGUUUUCCGAUCGUUGGUGAGAUCGCUCGUUCUGGUCGAUGGCCUCCCUACAAUAAGCCCCAGAAAGACAUCCCGGUGCAAGACGCAUUGGAUAGGGCCUGGGUUCUUCGGAAGAAGAUCAUUCAACGUGUUCAAUCAGUACUGAUCUCUGACAACCUUCAGAAGAUUUGGGAUGCAUCGAUCGAAGAUGUUGAAGAGAAAUCGUGCUUGGGGCCCUUUGUGUCUGAAGAGGAGAGAUUCGAAGUUGUUCAGAAGAACAAAGUUCGUGGUUGUGACAGCGCCACGACAAACAUGAUCAAUCAGAUCACCCGGAUCUCGGAGAAGCUACAACUGCCUUCUACAGACACGAAUGUCGCAGCUCUGCGCAAGUUGAGAACGGUCAAGCCUGGUGAGAAGCUGGCGGGGUGGGUGCUCGACGAGCGCAAAGCCUAUCGGCAAGUAGCAGUGCGACCUGAUCAUCGGAAGUUUUCUGUAAUUUGCUUGAAGAAUCUGAAGACUGGCGCUCCCAAUUUCUUUAUCAUGGUAGGUCACUCAUUUGGCUUGGUCUCAGCUGUAUACACCUACAAUCGCCGAUCGGCGGCCAUUAACGAGUUCUUGGUCUCGCUGUUCGGCUUGAUGCAGCUGGAGAUCAAAGCUGAGCGAAGAGAAGAGAUCACCCAGGAGAUUGAGGCGAUCGUGAAGGCAGGCAUUCUAGACCCUGGCUCGGCAGGGAAGUUGAAAGGCAAGCUCAUGUUUGGCGCUUCGCAGCUCUGGGGAAAAGUUGGACGAGCUUUUCUGAGGGUCAUUUCUGAGCGCCAAUACCUUCGUUUCCCGAUCGGUAGUGAGCCGAUCGAAUCAGCUUCAGCUAAACUGGUGGAUGCAGUGAUUUUUACAGAUGGUUUCACGCCGGAUCCCAGGAAGAAGGAAUGUUUGCCUGAUCGCGUAGGAGCCGUUCUUUUUGAUAGGCGGUGGCUUGAGCGCUCGACUCAGAUUGUUCCUGUUGAGAUGGUCGCAGCUGUUCUAGCCCUGGAGACUUUUGCUGAUAGGACUCGCUGCGGUCGUUUGCCAUUUUGGCGCAAAGAACGAGUGAUCACAGUCAG